AGCAAAUCUACUGCGAGGCAACUCCAUUUCAUGUAUCCGACAAUGUUUUACGAUAAUUUUAAUCCACAAUUACUCAACCACACUCGCCUUCCUCAGUGUUCUCUCGCGCUCGGUAUGACGGAGCCGAAUGAUGAGCGAGCAGCUGAGCUCGAGACUCUUGCAGCGAUUUAUGGCAGCAGCUUAGUUAUGACCGGCGACUACUCUGGCUGCAUCAACAUAUCUGUAGCGGUACAGCGACCAUUGCAGCUUCUAUGUAAAACUGAGGGAGACCGAGAUAACGAGGUUUCAUACCUUCCGCCAGUUCAAAUGUGCUUCAAGUUACCCGAGCAGUAUCCCGGUGAAGCUGCUCCUAUUGUGGAGCUGAAGACAUCCUGGCUAGAAACCAAAAUCAUACAAAAGCUCGAAGCAGUUGCCACAUUACUGUGGGAAGAAUACGGCCGCACGGAGGUCAUGUAUGCCUACAUUAGUUACCUGGAAGAAGCUGCUGAGCUGGCGUUCGAGAUCACUCACUUGGAUGUAGGCCACGAUGAUUUGCACCUAUUGCUCAAUCACGACCGAGACACAAAGCGGCGAACUUUCGAACAAGGCACCUAUGAUUGCGGUGUGUGUCUCGAUCCUAAGAAAGGAUCAUCUUGCCACCAGAUGGAGGAUUGCGGGCACGUGUUCUGCGUCGAAUGUCUGCAAGGCUACUACAACAACGCAAUUCUGACUGGCAACAUUAAUGAUGUCAAAUGUCCAUCUUUUGAUUGCGGAGCCAAACGCGGAAAGCGCGCACGACUUGUCACUCCGCGUGAGCUACUAAAGGUACCAAUCGAACGACCUGCAGUCCAGCGCUACGUCGAUCUCAAGCGAAAGAAGAAGCUCGAAUCUGAUAAAGCGACUGUCUGGUGCCCACGCCGAUGGUGUCAAAGUGCUGCGACAGGAAACCAUUACCCGCGCUCAAACGUACCGUUAGAGGAACUGGGCAUCGUAUUCGAAGACGACGUUGAGCUAGCCCACGAAGACAUAGCAGACGAAGGCGAAGAAGGCGAUGAUGCGGCCAAGCGUUCCACACUUCUCUCCUCACGACUCCAGAUCUGCGAAGAUUGCUCCUACGCCUUCUGCCGCCUGUGCAACAACACGUGGCAUGGCGACUUCUUUGACUGCCGCGCUAAAGCCAAUGUGGUCCCGGAGCGUACUGCAGCCCAGAUCGAGGAGGACGCGAGUCUCGACUUCAUUCGACAAAACACAUCGAAAUGUCCCAAGUGUGAUAUUCCAGUUCAGAAGAGUGAGGCGUGUAAUCACAUGACGUGCGUACAGUGUCACACGCACUUUUGCUACCUGUGCUCGACGUUCCUGCACCCGAUGCAUCCUUAUGGGCAUUUCAAUAGUCCGGGCAGCUAUUGUUAUCAGCGAUUGUGGGAAGGUGAGAACGGGGAGGGUGUGGAGUGGUGACAUGGGAAAUGGGCAGGCAAUCGAUGUCAAGCUGGAGGCUAGUACUGAUACUAUUGACU